AUGUCUUCGAAGGCCAUUUACGAAGCUCAGGGAAAGGACCUGAUUAACAGGCAUAUACCCACCGGCACAGCGUUGGUGCCAUGUCGGUACGCUAUCUUCGAAAAAGGCACAAUUUGGGAGGAUGAACUUGGAAGGAAUCCGUGGCUUAGCAAAGAGCAACUCGUGGUAAAGCCUGAUCAGUUGAUCAAGCGUCGUGGUAAACUAGGCCUCGUUGGUGUUAACAAGAACGCCGCAGAAGUUCGGAAAUGGAUCAGCGAGCAUUGCGGCAAGGAGCAGAAAAUCGGGGCUGCUGUGGGUAAACUUCGGCGAUUUGUCGUUGAACCAUUCGUCAAACAUGACCCGAGCGACGAGAUGUACCUGUGCAUCCAAUCUGGUCGUAGAUCAGACACCAUCAUGUUCCAUCAUCAGGGUGGAGUGGAUGUUGGAGACGUUGAUGCAGUGGCCAUAAGACUUGAAGUACCCGUAGACACGUUCCCGACUGGUGAAGAGAUUGAUGGUGUUCUUAUGAAGAACGUCAAGUCACCGACCGUUAGGCGGAUUCUUACCACAUUUAUCCUAUCUCUGUACCGAGUAUUCGUGGACCUAUGCUUCACAUACAUGGAGAUCAACCCGAUAGUGGUGACCAAUGAGCGCAUUUAUCUGCUGGACUUGGCUGCCAAGUUGGACCAGACCGCUGACUUCCAGUGCGCCAAGAAUUGGGGCGAGGUCACCUUCCCACCGCCGUUUGGAAGGGAUGCUUACCCGGAGGAGGCCCAUAUAGCCGACUUGGAUGCUAAGAGCGGGGCUAGUUUGAAGCUAACCGUCCUAAACAAAUCUGGUCGUAUAUGGACUAUGGUGGCCGGUGGUGGGGCUUCCGUGGUCUACACGGACACAGUGUGCGCCCUGGGUGGUGCUGCUGAGUUGGCAAAUUAUGGAGAAUAUUCUGGUGCACCCACCGAGAGUCAAACCGCGGACUACGCGAAGACAAUAUUCAGUUUGAUGUGCAGGGACAAGCAUCCGAAUGGCAAGGUUUUGAUAAUUGGAGGUGGAAUCGCGAACUUCACGAAUGUGGCUGACACAUUCCGUGGAAUCAUCACAGCUAUUGAGACGUACAAGGACGCGUUAAUACAAUACAACGUUACAUUGUUCGUGAGACGGGGCGGACCCAAUUAUCAGGAGGGACUUCGUCAAAUGCGUGAAGUAGGACAUCGUCUACGUAUACCAAUGUACGUGUUUGGACCGGAGGCGAACAUGACAUCCAUCGUCGGUUUGGCUUUGGGCCAAGCGCCAAUACCGCCUGACCACCAGUUGGAUUACGCGCCCAAGCAACUGCCCAAACCUCAACCAGCUCCGGCCCCAAAAAUCGAGUUGCCAGAAUUGACGAACUCGUUAUUGGACCUAGUUUGCUCCCAAGCCCCAACCAGAAUGGACCUAGGACAGCAAGUCUCCACCGCUAGGCCUCUCUUCAGCGAUAGGACUAAGGCCAUCGUUUGGGGCAUGCAAAAUAGGGCCAUACAGGGAAUGUUAGACUUUGACUACAUAUCUCGACGCUCGGAGCCGUCUGUCGUUGCCAUAGUGUACCCCUUCACGGCUGACCAUAAACAAAAGUACUAUUUCGGAAAUAAGGAAGUUUUCAUACCAGUAUUCUGUGACAUGGAUGUUGCGAUGAGGAAACAUCAAGAAGCAACUGUUUUGGUGAACUUUGCUUCAUUGCGUUCAGCAUUCGACAGUACUAUGCAGGCGAUGCAACAUCCACAAAUCAACACAAUCGUAAUCAUUGCUGAAGGUAUUCCUGAGAAUAUGACGAGGAAGAUCAUCAAACUCGCUGAUGUUAGAGGGGUAAAUAUAAUUGGUCCAGCGACAGUGGGUGGCAUCAAACCUGGGUGCUUCAAAAUUGGUAACACAGCUGGUAUGAUCGACAAUAUUAUUGAGAGCAAGCUGUAUAGGCCUGGAAGUGUCGCCUACGUUUCUCGUUCAGGCGGUAUGAGUAACGAACUAAACAACAUACUGUCUAAACACGCUGAUGGCGUCUGUGAGGGCGUGGCUAUUGGAGGAGACAGAUACCCUGGAACCACCUUUAUUGAUCAUUUGUUGAGAUUCGAAGCAGAUCCGAAUGUCAAAAUGCUAGUACUCCUGGGAGAAGUGGGUGGAGUCGAAGAGUACCACGUUUGUCGUGCUAUCCGCGACGGACUGAUCACCAAACCUAUGGUCGCCUGGUGUAUUGGAACCUGUUCAGACAUGUUCACAUCGGAGGUGCAGUUUGGACACGCGGGUUCGCUUGCUGGUUCCGCGUUGGAAAAGGCUGUUGCGAAGAAUGCGUCGCUACAGAAGUAUGGAGUCACUGUACCGGAAUCGUUUGAUAAUCUCGGUGAUGCUGUCAACAAGGUUUACUUGAAACUGGUGAAAGACGGCAAAAUCAUCAAGAAGGAGGAAGUGGAACCCCCCAAAGUACCAAUGGACUACGACUGGGCGAGAAAACUUGGUAUCAUCCGCAAACCAGCGGCCUUUAUAAGCACGAUUUGUGACGAGAGAGGCCAGGAGCUGAACUACUGUGGUGUGCCCAUCAGUCAAGUCCUGGAGAGGCAGCUGGGUGUCGGUGGAACUAUCAGUUUGUUGUGGUUCCAAAGAGAGCUGCCGGAGUGGGCUUGCAAGUUCUUCGAGCUCGUGUUGAUUGUGACAGCGGACCAUGGCCCCGCAGUCUCUGGGGCCCAUAACACCAUGGUUACAGCCAGGGCCGGAAAGGACUUGAUAUCUUCUGUUGUCUCUGGACUUUUGACAAUUGGAGAUCGUUUCGGUGGAGCUUUAGACCGCGCUGCGAUUGACUUCUGCUCGGCCUACGACCGCGGGCAACAUCCGCAGGAGUUCGUCAACGAGAAGCGGGCGAAGGGGGAGCUUAUUAUGGGCAUCGGGCACAGGGUCAAGUCCAUCAACAACCCGGACUCUCGCGUGCGCGAACUCAAGGCGUACGUGACGUCACGCUGGCCCGCCUGGCCCGUCACGCGGUACGCGUUGGACGUGGAGGCCAUCACCACUCGGAAGAAGCCCAAUUUGAUCCUCAACGUGGAUGGGAUCAUCGCCGCAGCAAUGGUUGAUAUGUUCAGGCACUGUCAGCUGUUCACUCAGGAGGAAGGUAACAACUAUAUACAAAUGGGAUCGAUCAACGCGUUGUUCGUUCUCGGCAGAACGAUCGGACACAUUGGUCAUUAUCUCGACCAGAAGAGGAUGAAGCAGCCGCUGUACAGGCACCCGUGGGACGACAUCACCUACAUGUCCCCACUUAACUAA